AACUGACUGUAUAGAAAGGAAAGAUAGCCCUGAAGUAUUUUUCUGCUGCUGUGAGGGCAACAUGUGCAAUGAACAUUUUUUCUACUUUCCAGAGAUGGAAGUCACACAACCUACUUCCAAUCCUGUCACAUCUAAACCACCUCUGUUUAGCACCUUGCUUUACUCUCUUGGGCCUAUAAUGGGAAUAGCAGUGAUUGUACUCUUUUCAUUUUGGAUGUACAGACACCACAAAUUAGCAUAUCCUCCAGUACUUGUACCAACCCAACACGCCUUUCAUAUAAUGAUAGAGGACCCAGGACCACCACCUCCAUCACCACUGAUGGGCCUAAAGCCAUUGCAGUUACUGGAGAUCAGAGCUAGAGGAAGGUUUGGCUGUGUCUGGAAAGCUCAGUUGUUAAAUGAAUAUGUUGCUGUGAAAAUAUUCCCAGUGCAGGAUAAAGAGUCAUGGCAAAACGAAUAUGAAAUAUACAGCUUACCAGGAAUGAAGCAUGAAAAUAUACUACAGUUUAUUGGUGCCGAGAAACGAGGCACUAAUAUUGAUGUUGAUUUGUGGCUAAUAACAGCGUUUCAUGAAAAGGGUUCACUUACUGACUUUCUGAAGGCUAAUGUAGUUUCAUGGAAUGAACUAUGUCACAUAUCUGAAACUAUGGCAAGAGGUUUGGCUUAUCUCCAUGAAGAUAUCCCUGGUCUAAAAGAUGGGCAUAAACCAGCUAUAUCCCACAGGGACAUCAAGAGCAAGAAUGUGUUAUUGAAAAAUAAUCUUACAGCAUGUAUUGCUGAUUUUGGACUUGCUUUAAAAUUUGAGGCUGGGAAGUCAGCUGGUGAUACCCAUGGUCAGGUUGGUACCCGAAGAUACAUGGCUCCUGAAGUUUUAGAAGGUGCUAUAAACUUCCAGCGGGAUGCGUUUUUGAGAAUAGACAUGUAUGCCAUGGGAUUAGUUCUGUGGGAAUUGGCAUCACGAUGUACAGCAUCAGAUGGACCUGUGGAUGAGUAUAUGUUGCCUUUUGAGGAAGAAGUGGGUCAGCAUCCUUCUCUUGAAGAUAUGCAGGAAGUUGUAGUACAUAAAAAGAAGAGGCCUGUUCUAAGAGAGUGUUGGCAGAAACAUGCUGGAAUGGCAAUGCUCUGUGAAACAAUAGAAGAGUGUUGGGAUCAUGAUGCAGAAGCCCGAUUAUCAGCAGGCUGCGUAGAGGAAAGGAUUAUUCAGAUGCAAAGACUAACAAACAUUAUAACAACAGAAGACAUUGUGACUGUGGUCACUAUGGUGACAAAUGUGGAUUUUCCUCCCAAAGAAUCCAGUCUAUGAUAGUAGCACUGGUCACACUUCUUGACCAAUAAGACUCAGCACUGGAACUGCCAAGUUAACUGGCCUGUUUCUGGUCAGUAAUUUUCAGCGUGAAAUAUGUUAAGUCAGUCUCUGGAGUGUCAGUAGGAAGAUUCCUCCUUGUUCUUCUCCAGACUUGGAUCCAGGAGACUUAACUGCAUAUACCUGAGAAAAUGGCAAGAUAACGUUAAACUUAUCCGAAGAACAUGGACCUAUCUCGGCUUGUCAGACAUUUUAAAAACUGACAUUGUAUUUCUUAACAUGUCAGACUAAUUCCUUAAAAUGAACUACUGCUAUUUUUUUUAAAUCAGACAUUUCAUUUCAGAUUUAAGAAAAAGGGUAACUUGUUUUUAUUGCAUUUGCUGUUGUGUUUAUAUAAAUGACUAUUGUAAUGCCAAUAUGACACAGCUUGUGAAUGUUUAGUGUGCUGCUGUUCUAUGUAAUCAAAGUGGGAUCUAGCAAAAAGGCUUCCAAGCAUUACUUAACCUCCCUCAACAAGGUAUACCUCAAUUCCACCUAUGCUAAAUUGAAUUGACAACACUAAUAAAACUGAAAUAAUAAAUUGAUCCAGAUUUUGUAAAUGAUGCAUUACAGAUUCAUGGUGUAUUUUUUAAAGGUAUAAGCUGUGCUUCAUGCCAACAGUCCAUGGCCAUUCCUAAAAUGGUGUAUUAGCCUUUCCUUGUUCUAGCUUAUGUAUUUAAAAAUGUAUUGCAUUUUAAAUGAUGAACUUCCCCAAUUUUUAGUUAAAAGUUUUAUCUCCAGUUCCCAAAAUAGUGUAUACAUUAAUUUUACUAAAUAUUUAGGUUUGCUGUGUCUGAUGGGAAUUUGAAAAUUUAAGCAUGAUUUUUUAUUAUUUUAUUGAGCUCUGGCACUGGAAAGCUCUUAACGUCAAUUCUUUUAAAGAAGCUUUUGCUGUUUUAUGUAUGUUUUGUCUGGUGUUAUUUUCUGUUUCAGUAAACAGGACACAGUGGGUUGAUCCACACGGACACAUGUAGCAAGAUGGUAGAAGCUCACUUCCUUCCAUUUCCCCCCAGCAGCCCAGCUCCUGCCCCGUGCAAGUGCGGUACAGAGGUUCUUCCAGCUAUUUGGGGGCUGCCAUGGGAAGGAGGAGGCAGGGAGAAUGCUUCCAACCAAUGCAUGGGUCUAGGACUGGACAUAACUCUUAUUUCCACUGUGUUGUUGUUUCAGGAUCACCUCAGGAAGCUUCAUUACCCUGAACUCCUCCACACUUUAUAUGUGUUGCCUUUUGUAGUUUCACAUCACUUGAUUUUUUUGGUGCCUGCUUGUCAGAGUAAUGUUGAUCAGUGAUGCAUAGGUUUAACUUGUGGUCACUAAAAAAUUAAAAAUACAGACUCUUUUUUUUUUUUUAAACAAAAAAACUUACCAUCAAAUAUGCAAUUAUUUCACUGGAAAUGAUAAUGUAGCACAGUCUAGCAAAAAAGGAAGAAAGAAAAACACUACAACUUUAAAUUUAAACUGUUGUAUUAAAGGAGUUAUUGGCAUUGAAGAUGUUGAGCCUUACCAUUAAGAAGACUCUAGCAAAAGGGGCAGAAAGUAGACAGGUGCCAAAGUACUUUUAAAAGGUAGUAAUACACUAAAAUUAUUUGAAUAGUUUAUAUGUAUACAGGCCAAAGUAAGUUAAUUCUCAAAAACAAAAGUACUGAACCAACAGUAGCCAGUAUUAUGAUAUUCUAGUCAGUUUUUUUAAUUUAAAUAAUACAUUAGAUUUAUAAAGAAAAUGGUGGUCACAGUUAAAUGUUCACUGUGAAUGUUCUAAAGAUUUAUAAAAUCACUGAGUUUUUUGUUAUGUACUGGUCUCUGAAAAUGUAGAGGAAUUAUUUAUAAGCAAGAUUUUGGACAUCAGAUUCUAAACGGGGACAAGUAUUAGAGCAUUUCUCCUCUGCAACUGGCAUACUUCAUAGAGGCAUGCUUUGUCUCAGAGUUAUCAAGUUUGAUGCCAUAAUUUGACUAUGGAUGUUGUUGGGCAUAUCUUGCUACUUUUGUUAACACACACAGGGGGACUGUUCUUCAAAUGUAUUUUUGAAUAAAGGAAGAUUAUUUGCUUGCUUCUACUUUAGGGGUGGAUUUUGCAACAACAUCUUGCCUAAAAUGAUAUGAAUGAUUGAUAUGUAUGGUUUUUCCUCAAAAUGAAAAUGUUCAUACUAGGAAAAUGCAGAAAUUUAUCAGUGAUCAUCUUAAAUUCACAUGCCUACAAAAAUCAUUCCUGGCUGCAAAUCUCCCGCCACAGCUUUCAUAGAACAGUUUUCUAUCAAAUACAAACUUCCACCAGUAUGACUCAAGCCAGAUGAGACCUUUUGAGGUGCAUUUUUUGCAAAUGCAUUUGUGAUUGCAGGUCAUAUAGGGGAAAUCAUCAAAACUGACAAUCAAACAGAACAAUGUCUACAUGAGAAAAGUAAAUAAAAGUAUUUUCCAAGCUUCCCUGCUCCCCAGACUAGUCUGAUGUUUUUCAAGCUAUCACAGAUCAGAAAAGACUUUUAUAAGCUCUUUUUUGGUAGAAUCUAUGAAAUUGUUAAAAUCCACCAAGCUGCACGAUAGUCUUGCAGGAAAUCUCAACUUGUGUGAAAAAUGUAGGGGUGGGCAGUCCUUUCAAAAUGCUUAAGCCAAGAUCUGUGCUGAGAAAUUAACACAUUAAAGUCUGAGCUAGGAAAGGUGCUCUGCUUUCUGGCAGAUACUGUGGCUGUUGUCGCUUUUUGUACUUGGCCAUACAGCUUGUCUUGAUCCAGCCAGCUCUGGUGAUUUGCCUUGUAACUUUGGCUUGUGAAGAAAAGCUAGGGCUGAGGCUUGAGCUUUCAUUGUCCUUUGGUUUGCCUGUGUCUACUUAGUUGGCUGCCAUAUAAUUGCCACAGGAUUUAACUGAUUAGCCAGUUUUGUGAACAACUUCGAAGUCUCAACUUUGCAAUACCUUUUCAGUUUGUGUUAGAUGCUAAGAACUUUAUAUCACAUGAUGCAUGACUACUCUUUGUACAGUUGCUAAAUAUAACUUAGCAUUUUGGAACAGAUUGUGCCUCGUAAUUGUUGGAGUUCUUUGACCUAGUGUUCUCAUUCAUGGUGGUAUUCUGAAAAUGAGUCUGGAUUAAAAUACACAACUUAAUACCUUCUUUGAUAGCAAAAUCCAUGUGGAGUAGCUCUUGCAUAAUUAAGGUGUAAUCAGAUGUAGUAGUAAUAAAUAGUGUUCAUACUACCGUUCUACAGAAUAAAUUGCUGAUCGUAGUUUAACAAAGUGAGCUGACUGAUUGGUUGACCUUUUUCCAAUUCUCUUUUUAAACUUUUUAAUGCAUUUUUAUUAGGAAUAUUUGGUAUAAGAUUCAGCAAGCUAUGUACAGGAUUAUGAGCAAGGGAUAAAAAUACUAUCCUUGUGGAACACCAUUUACCUCAAGAUAUUCAACCAGCAGUACUUUUUUUUUAAUGCACACUCAAGUCCAUAUAAGAUGUUACCUCUCAAAAUAUUGGUAAGCAAUUAUUUUAGCUUUACUUGGUACUUGUCAGUGUUCUGGGCACAGGUUGUUGUACUACUAUCAAAUUGCUCUUGCUAUUUUUUGGCAAGUAUUUAAGAGAAAAUAACCCCAUUCUGGAUAAAAGUGAUUGUGAAAUAUUGUAUAAAUGUAUGCUUCUCUUUCCCUAUUCCCACAGAACGAUGAAUAAAAAAUUAAGUGACUACUAUG